AGAAGGUUGAAGUUCAAUACGAGUGACAGGUCAGGCCAGCCUUAGGCAGCCAAGCAGCAGGGAUUAUAGUCUAGAAGUUCUGAAGGCCUGUUUUGAUCUCUUUCAUCUUUUGUGAUCAACCGCAAUUUCUUCAGUGAAGAUCAAAGAUAUGACUGAGGUUAGUGUGCAAAGUGUGCAAACAGGUUCAGUUCAAAACCCUAGAGUCACUUGGGAAGGUUGUAGCGUCUUGCUUGACAUCAAUGAUGGAGACCGUCUCGUCUUUGCUCGUCUCUCUGCUGGCGCGACUUUGAAAAUUGGGAAUAAGCAAUGCUCCCUUCAGCCUCUAAUUGGUUGCUCCUUCGGUUCUUUGUUUCAAGUAGAAAGCGGGCCGAAAGGGCCGUAUCUGUCUCGUGUUAUUGCACCUGCUGAAGGUGAUCUUCCAGAAAAAGGCGAUUGCCUGUUGAAAGAUGAGUCCAGAGAUAAUAGAUCAUUAGUUGAUGAUAAUACAGCCCAAAGUCUUUCUGGUGAAGAUAUAGAGGCGUUGCGGAGACAGGGUGCAACAGGUGAUCAGAUAGUUGAAGCAUUAAUCGCUAACAGCUCGACAUUUGAGAAGAAAACAUUGUUUUCACAAGAGAAAUAUAGACUUAAGAAACAAAAGAAAUAUGCUCCUAGAGUAUUAGUGAGGCGACCUUUCACUCGAAGUAUAUGCGAGACAUAUUUCAAAAAAAAUCCAGCUAAGAUUGGGUUCAUGCGAGUGGACACUCUAUCCCUUCUGCUUUCUAUGGCUAAUGUUUGUGCAUAUUCAGACGUGCUUGUGGUGGAUAUGGUUGGAGGCAUUCUGACGGGGGCUGUAGCAGAACGCUUAGGAGGUUCAGGUUAUGUUUGCAAUACAUAUUUUGGAGGUGUACCAUAUCCUAUGGAUAUAACACGGAUGUUCAACCUCAAUAAUGAAAUAUCUAGCAGAAUUGUGCAGACGUCUCUGAGUGAUCUUUGUUCAGCUCAAGAUAAAAAUUCUGAACAGGGUGGAGAGAAUGGAGUAAAAGAAGUCACCCACUUGUGGAGGGCAAAUGGAUUUUCUAGCUUAAUAGUUGCUGCUCCAGAGCUUGAUACCUGGAGUGCGGUUCAGGAACUUCUACCACUUUUAUCAUAUUCUGCUCCAUUUGCUGUUUAUCACCAAUAUCUACAGCCUCUUGCCACAUGCAUGCACAAUCUACAGGUCAGCAAAAUGGCAAUUGGUCUACAAAUUUCAGAACCUUGGCUACGUGAAUAUCAGGUGCUUCCAUCAAGAACGCAUCCAUCCAUGCAGAUGAGUGCCUUUGGGGGUUACAUUCUUAGUGGAACAAGGAUAUUUAGUAGUGAAAUCUCGCAGCAAACCAGUUAAAUUCCUGUGGCCUACCAGGGAAGUUCCUUCGUCUCUUUUCCUUCCUCUCAAGUAUUCAUAUUUUGUAAAACAUCAGGUGGUAAAGAGUUUUUACCUUAAAAGGUAAAAGAAAAUGUUUUACCAUUGGCAACUCAUUCUAAGAUGAAGCCUGCCACUUGAACAGUGAGUAAUAUGUUUUUCUUGUCCACAAAAUUCGAGGGUAAGGUAGGCUGCCCUGUCGCUGUAGACGUUACCCAACAAAGUGUUCUGUAACUGGAGAAUGAGAACAAGGAAACUUUAACUAAUUCCUAAAGAAUCAGAGAAUAUCCUACCGAAAAGAUUAUGGAAUGAGGAAGCUUGUUUCCAGCAGUCAUAUCUGCCACUUUUCAGUUUAGUUAGUGCUUACAUUCAUUGAUGUGCUGUUCAGAUCCUUCUCUAAUCAUGUUGAUUUUCAUUAACUUCAACUUUGCCAUGUUAUGGAUUAUGUUUCAGAAA